CGUGGCGUUACCGAUGUCUUGAUGAGAUGAUACUCCACCUAGCUUAGGGCGUCCUUUUUGCAUAAAUUCUUGUGCUCAUAUCUCGGAACCUUCCUGUUCAAGUAUCCAUCUCCAACCCUGGGACGACUGAGAUGCUGAAAUAGCCGCGGGACACCUUUUUUUCUCAAGGUAUCACCAGUGUACGUAUUCUCUCUACGUUACACCACUGCGAUUACCCAACCCAUUCACACGGGAUAUAUUGACAAUACAACGUCGUCAUUCGCCUUAUUUUGGAUUAGUACGAUAUGCCUACUGUCGUACACUUUUACAAGUAUUCGACCAGGUUACUGAGGGGCUUGUCAAGGCUUUCUAAACAUGACAUGCUCGUUGGGCAGCUACCAAAGGAUCCCCAAAUGAACGACUUUCAAAUUUAUCCUUGGAACACGAAUGCACAAUAUCUUCACCAGAACAGUCAUCUUAUACGAAUAUGCCUACCAAAUCUCUGAGUAUUUUAGACGUCCAAGAAUGGGAGGAGAUCAAAGCCGGCUGGAAACCCGCCUCAUCCAACCAUCCAACAAGGAGAAGAGUAAACUUCUUUAAAAGACUAAUGAAAUCAUUUAAACCCCAUCUAUUUCCAUUUGGUUCAUCAGCGACAGGGAUUUUAGCAAAGCCACGUCCCACCGCGUACUUGGAUGGACUUCGCGGGUUUGCCGCUUUCCUUGUGUAUUGGCAUCAUCACCAGCUAUGGGCUCACCUCGCAACCGGCCAGACUGAAGUCUUCGAAGAUGCUUUCGGGUAUAAUCACAAAUACCACUUCGCCGCCUUCCAUUGCAUACGAACGUUCUUCUCCGGUGGUCACUACGCUGUCUCUACUUUCUUCGUCAUUUCUGGCUACGUCUUAUCAUCGAAGCCAAUGAGCCUGAUACAUGAUCAUGAGUAUGUGAAAGUGGGCGAUAAUAUAGCAUCAGCGCUAUUUAGACGGUGGAUACGACUUUAUCUGCCGCUUAUUGUCGUAACCUUUUGCUACAUCACCUCAUGGCAUGUACUUGGACUAUGGGCUGUUAAUUCUCAACCAAAAAGUAGCUGGAGGGAAGAAUUAAGGUUCUGGUAUUUCGAGUUCAAGAAUUUCAGCUUCUUAUACAAUUCAGGCGGAGAUCCUUGGCUCAGCUACCAAUUUCACGCUUGGUCGAUUCAGAUUGAGUUCAAAGGCUCUAUCAUCAUAUACAGUUGCUUGCUCGCGUUCUCGAGAUUGGCUAGAAAUGCCCGAAUAUGGUGUCAAAUUGGCUUGAUAUUCUAUUUCAUGUACGUGGCGGAUGGUUGGUAUGCCGCGAUGUUCAUAUCAGGCAUGUUUCUUUGUGACAUCGAUCUCCUUGCCGCAAAGAACGAGCUCCCACGCGUCUUUUACAGGCUACGGCUAGCUAAAAGUUUUGUUUUCCAUCAUCUUCUCGCGUUAAGUAUCUACCUGGGCGGUGUUCCAUCCGUCAAUCCUGACACCAACCGCCUGCAGAACUCCCGAGGAUGGCACUACUUAUCUUACCUCAAACCCCAGGCUGUGUUUGAUUAUAAAUGGUUCUACCUGUUCUGGGCAGCAACAUUUCUCGUCGCCUCGGUUCCCCGGAUUCCAUGGCUCCAACGGUUCUUCGAGACUCGUUUCUGUCAAUAUCUCGGACGCAUAUCCUUUGCACUAUAUCUAGUACAUGGACCUAUUCUCUGGACGCUUGGUGACAGAUUGUACACGGCCACCGGGUGGUACGAGGAAGCCCAGAAAGCUCACCUACCUGGGUGGGUGGACACGUUGAGAUUGCCGAAAACAGGACCGCUUGGUCUCGAGUUAUCAUUCCUAGCGCCACAUGUCAUCCUUCUACCCUUUACCAUCUGGCUGGCCGAGGUUGUCACAAAGUUGGUGGAUGAACCCAGUGUACGAUUUGCGCAGUGGCUGUAUCGGAGCCUCUUACCUCAACCUAUCGAAGGCAUCGGAAGGGUAGGCAGGUGAACGACAAUAUCAAGAUGUGCAUUCUGGUUUCAUUGCAGAAAAUAUUCUUUUUCCAACAGGGGGUUAACCAGGUUUCUCCCAUGUCCGAUGGAUAGUUAUGUGGCUUUCGGAGAGAAAAAGAAAAAGUGAUGACUAGUCCAAUAUUAACUCUAAUCGGCGAUCUGCCGGAAAUGUUCUGUUUGCAGUAUCUUCGUCCUGCUCUUGUGUAUCCAACAAUUUAAGAAAAGUCCGAGACAAACUUCCUGCAACUCAGCCAGUACUUGGAGAAAAUUACCUAAUCGGGAAAGCAGCCGAAUAUCUAUACUGCGGUGUU